UUUUUUCUUUUCCACUUUCUGUUUUCAAGUUUUGUUAAACAGUAAAUAAACGAAUUUAAUUUUAGUUGUUUUUUUUUUCUAAUAAUCUUCUCGAGCGUGUUGUAUACAAAUAUUAAGCUUGAAUGCUUGUAGAUUCCACUUCUCUCUACUUUUUUUUCCUCCUCUUCUUGCUUCUUUUGUCUUUGUUAUUGAAGAUGGAAAGCUACAAGCGCAAGUUUUGCUUUAAGAGCUUCGUCAACGGAAGAGCAUUAGGUGGCCACAUGAGAUCUCACAUGCCCACUCUUCACAAGUUUAGCAUUCAAGAAGAAGAGGAAAGGCCGAGUCAACUCGGUGAUGAGAGUAAGUCGGAUGUUUCUUCGUCUGAAGAAGGACAAGAACAAAAGAUCAGUGGGUCGAGGGAGGAGAAGCAUCCAACGAUGGAUGAUGAUGGAAGCGAGACAGAGUCGUCGAGGGAUAUUGUUAACUUGAAACGGAAACGUUCCAAGCGAACUCGGAAACUCGAUUCGUUCGCGAGCAAGAAGAUGAAAACGAGUCAACUCGGUUACAAGAACGAGCCUGAGGCUGAGCCUCCUCAAAGCUCAGCUUCUGAUACAACGACGGAGGAAGAUCUGGCCCUUUGCCUCAUGAUGCUCUCGAGAGACAAAUGGAGGAAGAACAAAGUUAGUAGUAGUAAAGAAGUAGUGGAAGAGAUCGACGCAGAAGCAUCAGAAGGCGACAAGAUGAUUAAUCGAGCAACAACAACUACGAAAGGGAGAUACACGUGCGAGACAUGUGGGAAGGUGUUUAAAUCUUAUCAAGCAUUAGGUGGGCAUAGAGCAAGCCACAAGAAGAACAGAGUCACCAACAAAACAGAUUACGAUAUUGUGCUUGUUGCUGCCGAGAAGAGAAUCCAUGAAUGUCCGAUUUGUCUUAGAGUUUUCGCGUCGGGACAAGCACUUGGUGGGCAUAAGAGAUCACACGGACUAGGGAACUUGUCUGUAAAUCAUCAUCAUCAAGUACGGAUUGAGUCAGUGAAAGAGAAGAUGAUAGAUCUUAAUCUUCCUGCACCAACCGAGGAAGAAGAAGUCUCUAUGGUGUUUCAAUGAAUGCUUGAAAAAGGUAACAGACUUUGCGUGAUUCGGGUCGUCCAUGUUUUCGUAAAGUUUGAAUCUUUUUCUUUUUUACUGUUAUUAUUUAUUUUGUUAGAAAAUAAAAACUUAAAAUGUUAAUUUAAAUGAAAAGUAGAGGCUACUUUUACAUGUUCUAACGCCAGGUCUUGGCCUCACGUCGUGUUGGCCUUAAC